AUGACUCUGCUCAACUUGAAGGAAGACAGGCCGACGCCUUCGGCCGUGUACAACUGGCGGGUCUAUACCUGUGCAGCCAUCGCAUCCUUCGCAUCAUGCAUGAUUGGAUACGACUCGGCCUUUAUCGGCACAACCCUUGCGUUGCCCUCGUUUGUCAGCGAGUUUCAGCUUGCCGCGUAUUCUGCACCGUCCCUGGCCUUGUUGAAGCAAAACAUUGUUUCUGUCUACCAAGCCGGAGCGUUCUUUGGCAGCUUGGCAGCGUACGGGUCCAGUUACUUUCUCGGCCGACGCAAGUCCCUCUUCGUCUUCACCGUCGUAUUCGUCGUCGGCGCUGGGAUGAUGCUGGGUGCCGAUGGAGCCCGCGGCACCGGACUCAUUAUCGGAGGCCGAGUGCUGGCGGGCUUUGGAGUCGGCGGAUGCUCCAACAUGACGCCCAUCUACAUCUCGGAACUUUCGCCCCCGGCGGUGCGAGGCCGUUUGGUCGGCAUUUACGAGCUGGGGUGGCAGGUCGGCGGGUUGGUGGGUUUCUGGAUCAACUUGGGCGUCAACACAACGAUGGCUCCCGGCCAUUCCCAGUGGAUCGUCCCGUUUGCCGUCCAACUCAUCCCUGCCGGUCUGCUCCUGAUUGGAUUAUUCUUCAUUCCCGAAUCGCCCCGCUGGCUUUUUUCCAAGGGAGAGCGGCAAGAAGCCAUCAAGGUGCUGUGCUGGAUCAGACAGCUGGAGCCUUGCGACAUUUACAUUGCCGAGGAAGUGAGUUACAUCGACGCCGAGUCUGAUCGGUACCGCCGAGACGUCGGCACCGGGUUCUGGAAGCCGUUUCUGGCCCUGAAGGACAAGAAGAUGCGGUGGAGGUUCUUCCUAGGGGCGAUGCUCUUUGUGUUCCAAAACGGUUCCGGCAUCAAUGCCAUCAACUACUACAGCCCCACCGUCUUCAAGAGCCUCGGCAUCACCGCAACGAACACGGGCUUCCUCACCACGGGCAUCUUUGGCGUCGUCAAGACUGCAAUGACCUUUGUCUGGAUCCUGGUCCUGAUCGACCACAUGGGCCGACGCAAGCUGCUCAUGAUUGGCAGCGUCGGCGGAUCCUGCUGCAUGUGGUUCAUCGGCGCGUACAUCAAGCUUGCCGACCCGGCGCACCGCCCGCCCGGCGGCCUGACCUCGGGCGGCGUCGCGGCCGUCUUUGCGUUUUACCUCUGGACGGCCUUUUACACGCCCUCGUGGAACGGGACCCCCUGGGUCAUCAACUCGGAGAUGUUUGACCAGAGCACGCGAUCUCUCGGCCAGGCCAACGCCGCCGCCAGCAACUGGUUCUGGAACUUUGUCGUCGCGCGCUUCACGGAGCAGAUGCUGGACGCGUGGGGCUACGGCGUGUACUUUUUCUUCGCGGCGCUCAUGAUCACCUCGACCGCCUUUGUGUUUUUCCUGGUACCGGAGACCAAGGCGCUGCCGCUGGAGGCCAUGGACAGGCUGUUUGGGACGAGGCCGACGUGGCGGGCCCACGGGAUCGUCAUGGGCGCGCUGCGGGCCGAGGAGGGCGAGCUCCGCCGCGGCGCGGGCGGGGUGCGGCUCGAGGAGGGCAAGGUGGUCCGGACGGAGCAGGUUGAGCCGAAGCGGGCGUCUGGGUGA